UGCUGCCGGACUGUGUCAGUGCUGUCGAGGUACUCGUCGAAGAACAAGAGAGGACAAUGAUACGAACAUGAUCAACGCCGAUGGCUUCUCAAAAUGCGAGGCGACUCUGCAACAGAGAGGCAGGAGGAGGCCACCCGCAGAGAUGCUCCAUCUGCUGUCAGCUAUCAUUGUUUGGCUGGUGACGGGCACCACCAUCUCCAGCCUCAACAAAUGGAUAUUUGCUGUUUACAACUUCAGGUACCCUCUGCUGCUGUCAGCCCUGCACAUGCUGACAGCCAUAGUGGUGGAUUAUGGGCUGAUCAAGUUGCAGGUGAUCCGCCACCAAGGGGCUGGAGAGCAAGACCUGACCCCCAGCGCAAAGUGUAAGGUGUUCCUGUUGAGUCUGACAUUUUGUGCCAGUAUCGCCUUCGGGAACAUGGGUCUGAACUAUGUCCAGCUGUCAUUUGCACAAAUGAUUUAUACCACCACCCCGCUCUUCACUCUGGCCAUCUCCACGCUGAUCCUGGGCAAGCAGCAUCACAUCCUCAAAUACACAGCCAUGAUGCCCAUAUGCCUGGGUGCCUCCUUCAGCAUCUUGGGAGAAGUCCAGUUCGAUCAGACCGGCUGCUUCUUUGUGUUUGCAGCCACAAUGUUGCGGGGUGUCAAGUCCAUUCAGCAGAGUAUUUUACUGCAGGAGGAGAAAAUCAACUCUGUGUUCUUGCUCUACCUGAUGUCCAUUCCUAGCUUCUGCAUCUUGGCCGUGGCGGCUCUGGCCUUAGAAAACUGGGCUCUGAUGGAGUCGCCGCUCCACUAUGACCGUCACCUGUGGGUCUUCAUCUUGCUCAGCUGCCUGGGCUCGGUCAUGUACAACCUGGCCAGCUGCUGUGUCAUCACGCUCACCUCUGCCGUCACUCUGCAUAUCCUCGGCAACCUGAGCGUGGUGGGGAACCUGCUGUUGUCUCAGCUGCUUUUCGGCAGCGAGUUGUCCGCCCUCAGCUGCGCCGGCGCCGUGCUGACGUUAUCUGGCAUGCUCAUUUAUCAGAACUCGGAGUUGAUCGUCAGCUACCUGGACGCACGCAAGGCCAAAGCGAAAGGGUCCGGGCAGAUGGAGUUUGACGGUGCAGAGGACAAAGCUAGUGCAUCUGAACCAGCAUAUCAUCCGCAGAGAACAGACGGUAAACAGGACGAUAAGACAGACUGAACUGAAAGGAUGAAGGAGAGAAUAAAAUGUUAAAAGAUACACAUGAUACAGUUUGUGUCAUUAAGUGGUCAACAGCAGAAGAGGGACUGUGACCUUCUCCUCACUUCCUCACUGUGCCAAUUUAUUUGUCCUCUGGUCACAGAGAACAGGAGUCGGCAGAGAUGCAGAAAAAGGUCAAAGGUCGCCUUUUUAUUUAUCUCCGCAAUGGUUAGAUUCUCUCCUUCAUCUGUAUAUCACUCAUACAUAACCUAUAGCGGUGUAAGCAUGCAUGAGCACACUAAACUGUUUGAUACCUCAUGAGGUAUUCACACUGUCACUCCUACUACUCCACUGUGAAAAUGUUCUCAUUUGCAGAGGGCUCUAAUCAAUGUUUCGGCUGGCGAUCAUGGAAACUGUCGGCUGCCUCAUUGGACAUUGGGGGGAGGGGGGGGGUUUAGAGUGCGCUCUGCCACAAAUCUGAACAGGCACAAUUUGUAUUAAAAAGAUAAAUAUAUUAAUGGUACUGUUACCUGACAUUCACCUGGUCCUGACAUGGUAAGGAACUGGGUUUUUUGGCAGCUUUUUUUUUUCUUUUUUUUUUUUUUUUGGUAUUAUGUGAAGUGGCUUGUCAAAUGAGGACUGUGGGGGUUGUUGUAGGGCUAAAAACUUCUGGACGAAGCCAACAUUUCUGUGUAAUGAGAUGCCUCUUCUCCUUUACUGAAGCACACAUAUUAAUAAGAGGUCUGAGCUUGUGUUGUGUCCUCCCCUCUGAACCUUGGUGCGGCUUCCCACUUAAGGGCCUAGUUUCUGUUCCCUUACUAGCUCAGUAAGAAGGUCUCUGUAGAAUUAGUCCAAUUAUUUCCAUCUUUUACAACAGUGCGCACUCUACAGCGUACCUCGAUAAUUAGGUUCACAAGCUCUCUAAGGAGUGUCACUCAACUUUAGCUUUCUUUUUCCCUCGUGGAAGACACGAGGAAGAAGAACAUUGAGCUGUCUCUUAUCUCUUAAAUCCUAACCGGUGUCUUCUCUUUAUUUAAAUUUUCCCUCUGUGUUGGUGACAUUUAAAAAAUAAAAAAAAGUAGGUACAGCACACCUUUAAAAACUGACUCCUGCUGGACAGUGUUAUGUUUUCCGUCAGUAUUUUGAAAAGCAUUUUAUUGACUUAAUUUUAUGACGAAAAAUAUUUUUUUCCCCCUUUUGAAUAUUUAUGUGGAAGAAAAUAUUUAUUUUUGAAUAACUAUAGCAAUCUGGCUUUGUAAUGCUGUAGAUUUUGGUCCUGAAGUGUCUUGUACCUGCGUACAUGUAAUAAUAGACAUCUAUAGUCUCUCCUGUACCUUUUCUCUUAAGAGUCUUAAGAGAGAAGUCAGGUACACAAGACAGACGACUGCACGCUGCUGCUGCUGCUGCUCCUGAAAGCAUCUUAAAUGAUCCAGGAGGUCUGGGACUCCCUCCUACAUGUCCGUUAUGCCAAAUAUUCACUUUAAAAAGCUCUUUUUGAAAACUCUUCACACUGUGUUGCUAAUCUGUAUAAUCCGUCAGAGACUACAAGCUCUCACAAGUCGACAAACAACAAAGCCAUACAUCAAGUUUUUUUGUUGUGACACACUCGCCACAUUUUCUGCAUAUUUUGCCACAGCAGUUAAAGCAGACCGGGGGUUGAAAUAUUUUACCAGAUGUGUCACAGAUUUAACAUUUUUUUAGGGUGCCAUUCAUUAAAUGAUACUGUCCUGAGCAUCAUAUCAUAUUAGAAAUGAACAUUUAAAUUUAAGAUGCUUUCCAUAUAACUCCAUUGAGCUGAAAACAGUGCAAAAAACAUUUUUAUUUUGGUGUUGGAUGAAUGGCUUUGUUGAUUUUUAAUAUUUUAAAAUAACUGGUGUUUUCAUCAAUUACAGGUUUAAAGAUUAUAUACAUACUGUAUCAUUUCACUGGUUUUACAUUAUUAAAUACCUCAACUGUUUAAUAGGGUUUCUCAUGUUCGUUGAUUAUUAGUUAUUGUGCUGAGAUCAAACAGCUUUUCAACAGCCACAAUAAAACUUCAACAUGUGAAUGAUGAAUUUUAUUGUUGAUAGAUGUCAGCGUAUUUUAAAACACAUAUUUUGACGUUGGCAGUCAUCUCUAGAUUUAUACUCGCAGUUAAAGUCUUGGCUGCUUGUUCUCAUUGAUAUUAUGUUGAGUAGAUUACGAGCAACGGGGCAAAGCAACUGUUGCACUGACAAGGUACAAAGAUGCUGCCUUCAAAGCCUAUGGUUCCUGUGUACAUACUGGUUUUGAUUGUUUGCACAGCUAGUCGGAUGUAAAUAGUUAUUUUAUUAUAUUUAUGUAUUUUAUAGUCUGGUUUAUGGCUGGUUGAAACGCCACUGGUUCAAGAAUGAAAUGUUUUUGCCUCGUAUGCCUUAUUUGGACAAAGUGUAGAAGAGCAAAGAGUGAUUUGAUUAGUCAUUUUGUCAAAUUGUUUGGAUAAAACUUUGGCUGUAGGUGCUCAUGUUUAGGGGCAAAGAUAUUGGGCAGUGCAUAUAUACAUGAUCUGCAGUUGCUUGAAAAAAUGGACUGGUACAAUAAACUAUAAGAAAACCUA